AUGACCUACGAUUAUGAACGGCGAAUUGCCGAACUUGCAGUACAACGGGCUUGUUUGCUCACAAAGAAAGUCUUUCACGAAAAAGCCAAAGGGGAAUUGGCCAAAGACGAUAAAUCCCCGGUGACAAAGGGCGACUUCGGCGCUCAAGCUUUAAUUAUCCAAGCCAUUACCAAGAAUUUCCCCAACGACGAGAUUGUAGCAGAGGAAGAGUCAAGCGAGCUAAGACAAGAUGCUGCCUUGCGAUCGGAGAUUUGGGACUUGGUGAAGGAUAUCAAAUUGAACGAUGCGGCCAGUGAUGAGAUCCUUGGAGGAUCGUUAGGGAAUGAAGAGGCCAUGUUGGCUGUGAUAGAUCAAGGGAAUUCGCUCGGCGGAGCAAAAGGUCGUAUUUGGGCACUGGACCCUAUCGAUGGUACCAAGGGCUUCCUGCGAGGUGUGGAUGGUGACGUGAAGGUAGGAGUCAUUGGAUGUCCUAAUCUUCCAAUUGAUGACUCCGAAUCUCUCACUGCAGGUAUUGGCAGUCAGCAGUCUGAUGAAGAGGGUAAGGGUGUUCUUUUCUCCACUGUCCAGGGAGAAGGAGCCGUCAGUCGGCCAUUGACAAGUGCCGGUCUUGCACCAAGCAAAUCUAUAUCCAUGCGACCAGUCCCAGAUGUCUCUCAGGCUGUAUUCUGUGAGGGCGUUGAAGCCGCUCACUCUAACCAGGAUGACAAUGCUGCAGUCGCCAAACGUUUGGGAAUCACUGCUCCAAGUGUGCGCUUGGACUCUCAGGCUAAGUAUUGCUCGAUUGCUCGCGGUGCCGGAGACAUCUACCUUCGUUUGCCUAUGAAGAAAGAAUACCAGGAAAAGAUUUGGGACCAUGCUGCUGGCGAUCUUCUCGUCCGGGAAGCAGGUGGCCAGGUGACUGAUAUCUAUGGCAAGCGUCUUGACUUCACCCAGGGAAGAACCCUUAAGAAUAACAAAGGCGUUGUCGCUGCUCCUGCUAAACUUCAAGAUCAAGUCAUCGAUGCAGUCCAGGCUGUGUUGAACUUGAAAUAG